AAUAACACGCUAGUUUAUAAAUUAAAAAGGAAGAAAAUUAAAAUAAAACAAAUAUCAGAAAAGAUUUAAUAUUAAAAAAUUUGCUGUUUAAAAAUAUUUUAUAUAAUAAUUUAAAGAAAAGUGAAAAUUUAAUGAAAUUCUAAAAUUAGUUUUACUUAAAAAUAUAUAAGAAAAAGGUUCACAAAUACUACUUUAAUAUGUCGUUAUCAAAAAUUGACGUUAUUGCUGCAAAUAUCAAUAAUAAUAAUAAUCAUCAUCAUCACCAAACAAAAGAAAUCGUAGAAGAACAGGAAAAAUAUUUACGAGAAGCAACACAAUAUUUUCGUGGAAUAGAAAAACCUUUGAAAUUGGGACCAAUAGUUAAUACAUUGCAAGAAUUAAUCGAUGCUCUUUAUGUAGAGUUUGAAUCAAAUUAUGUUAAUAUUGAAAUGGUAAAUCAUUUAAUGUUAUCAUAUAAAUCAAACCCAAAAGAAUGGCAAAAAUUUGCAAAAUGGGAUCGUUACAAGUACACUAGAAAUUUAGUUGAUGCUGGCAAUGGAAAAUUCAAUUUAAUGAUUCUUUGUUGGAAUGAAGGCCAAGCAUCGGCAAUACAUGACCAUGCCGAUUCGCAUUGUUUCAUGAAAAUGUUGCAAGGAGAACUUUGUGAGAUUCGUUACGAUUGGCCUACUUCGAAAGAAAUAUUAAUAGAUAAUAAUGCUUGUAUUGGGUUUGCUGAUGAAACAGAAAUGGAUGGCGCAAACGAACUUAAAGAAAUUGGAAGAGCUACAAUGGGAUUAAAUGAUGUUCGAUAUAUAAAUGAUAAUUUGGGUUUACAUAGGGUGGAAAAUUUAAGCCAUACUGAUGGUGCUAUUUCGUUACACCUUUAUUGUCCACCAUUUAAUUCUUGCUCAGUUUUUCAAAAAAAUUCAGGAAAAAGGAUGAAAUGCCCAGUAACAUUUUGGAGUAAAUAUGGCGUUCGUCAAGAUAAAUCAACAGCCUAACUUAUUAGGGAUAAGCUUUCUAAUUUUAUAUUUAAUGGUGUACACACUAUGACAUCUUACUUUUAAUUCUAUCAAUAAAUUUAAGAAAUGAAUUCAUAUUUUCUGUUAUAGUUAUAAUAAAAUAUUUAUGUUUAAUAGAAUAUUAAGCUAAAAGAUUUUAUUGUUUUAAAUAAAAGACAGUUUCUUUUAAUAA